AUGGAGGAGGGUUAUAAGAUGCGGGCUGAUUGGUAUCUACCUGGAGACUUGAACUCAGGGGUUGCAGCUGAAAGCAGAGUAACUGAUUGGAAUGAUGAGAUCUUUGGGUUAUACAUAGCUGCUGAGUGUUUUGAUGAAGAGUUAGCUGGUACGGGGGAUUUAUCUGAGAUGGCAGAGGGAGAUGACAAGAAAGAAGAUGAGUUCUUGGCGAAGCUAGCUGAUGCUGAAACACCAUUGUAUCCGAGAUGUGCAGACCAUAGCAAGUUGUCUGCAAUUGUUUCAUUACUUAGAUUGAAGACUCAGAAUGGGUGGUCAGAUAAGAGCUUCAACGACCUGCUAGAGACACUGCCAGAGAUGUUACCUGCGGAAAAUGUGCUGCACACAUCACUGUAUGAUGUGAAGAAAUUUUUGAAAUCCUUUGACAUGGGUACGAGAAGAUUCAUGCAUGUGUCAACGACUGCAUUCUAUUCAGAAAGAGAUUCAAGAAUCUUGAGAAGUGUCCAAAGUGCAAGGCUUCAAGAUGGAAGACUAAUAUGCACACCGAUUGAAGAGGUGUUCCGGUCUGAGGAAAUGGCCAAGGAUUUAAGGUGGAACUUUAGCAACAGAAGCAGUGAUGAAAUGCUUUGUCACCCUAUUGAUUCAGUGACCUGGGAUCAGAUGAAUGCUAAAUAUCCUACAUUUGCAGCUGAAGAAAGGAACCUCAGGCUUGGACUGUCAACAGAUGGAUUCAAUCCAUUCAACAUGAAGAAUUCGAUUGCUGGCCUGUUUUGUCCACAUCAGCCUGGUAAUAGUUUAGAUGUGUACUUAGAGCCCCUCAUCGACGAUCUAAACAGUUUGUGGAGCAGUGGAGAGUUAACCUAUGAUGCUCUAAGUAGAUCAACUUUUACUCUUAAGGCGAUGCUACUUUGGACGAUCAGUGAUUUCCCAGCUUAUGGGAAUCUUGCAGGCUGCAAAGUUAAAGGCUCUGACAGCGAGGGUUUAUCGAGUGAAUCAGAGGAAGAGGAAGAAGAAGAAGUACAAGUAGAUGAGUAUGAGUUAUCUAGAUGGAAGAAGAGGUCAACCUUCUUCAAACUACCUUACUGGGAGGAUAGUCUUGCGGCUCGUAAAGACCUGGAAGAACUUGGCAUUAGGCAGGAUUUGCAUCCUAGAGUACAGGGUAAAUGUACAUAUCUUCCUCCAGCACCGUGGUCUUUGUCGAAGGCAGAGAAGAAUAUCUUUUGCAGGCGUCUAUUUGACUUCAAAGGGCCAGAUGAAUAUUGUUCUAACAUAUCAAGAGGUGUCUCAUUGGAUGAUGUAAAGUCACAGAGAGUGCUUGACAGGGAGAAGCUUUUGGUUAUGGAAGCCGAGAUUGUUGAGACUCUGUACUUGUUUGAACGGUUUUUCCCUCCAAGUUUCUUUGAUAUCAUGCUCCAUUUGACUGUGCACCUAGGAAGAGAAGCCCGGCUUGGUGGACCAGUCCACUUUAGAUGGAUGUACUCAUUUGAAAGGUACAUGAAAGUCCUCAAAGACUUUGUGAGAAAUCCUGCAAGACCAGAGGGUUGCAUUGCUGAGUCGUAUCUAGCUGAGGAAUUUCUCCGGUUUUGUAGUGAAUUCCUUAAGAAGACCACUAAUGUCCAAGAGAAAAUUGAUAGAAACAUGGAGUAUGAGAACAAUUCUAUCUUAGAUGGUCAUCCAAUAUCCACUGGCCCUCCAGUUACCCUCAGUGAAAUGGAGAAGAAAGUUGAUCAUCAUGCUAUCAUCCAAAACAUGGCUAUCAUCGAACCUUAUGUGCCUCUUGAUUCUACAGGACAUGAUGAAACACUUAAGUGGAUAGCUUAUGGUCCACGUUGUUCUGCAAGGUCAUAUACAAGAUUCAUAGUUAAUAGGCAUAGGUUUCACACUAUAUCAGUUGAUAGGAAGAGUCAGAACAGUGGGGUUUAUUAUGAGGCUACGACAGUUUGUAGAUCUAGUGCCAAAGAUACAUCACAGGUGGUAGAUUUGGUUUCCUACUACCGCAGAGUAACGGACAUCAUUUUGAUAGAUUAUAAUGUCUUCUACGUUCCUCUGUUCCAGUGUCAAUGGGCCAUAAAGGGUAAUGGAGUGAGGAUUGAAGAUGGUUUUACACUUGUUAACAUGAAUCAUAGUCAAGCCACCUUUGCAAGUGACCCGUACAUACUAGCAUCUCAAGUGAGGCAAGUCUUUUACUCUGGGGAGGAUGAGUCUUCAAAUUGGUAUAUAGUCAUGAGAGGUCCUUCUAGAAGAUACAGUCAUGAAGAUACUCAAGAGGGAACUGCAGACAGUGGACCAUUGCCAUCAAACAUAGACAUUGAUGAAUCUGAGAAUGCCAGAAGUGAUUGUGACGGCAUCUAUCAAAAGAAACGCGGAAGGAAAUCUACAAAGAAGCAAAAGAAAGUAGAUGACGAGGUUGAGUUUGUGUGUACUAUACCAACACAUGAAGCAGGACAAGGUGAUGAACAUGUCGAGGAACAAGAGAAAGUUGACGAACAUGCAGAGGAACAAGAGCAAGUUGAGGAACUUGUGAAGGAACCCGAGCAGGAUGUUUCAGAAGCAGAUGAUCAUGAUGUGCCAGAAGCAGAGCAUGAUGCGACUGCACCAGAGCAGCAUUAUGCCGUUGAGCCUGAAGGUGAGAUCGAACUAAAUGAGGAACCUAUAGUUUCAAGCUCCCGUAAGAGAAAGCGUGUACCAACAAUGAUGAGAGACCUAGCUAAAGAUCCAAAUAGCAGAGUUCAUGUGGAUUUCACUUUCAUGGGAGAAGCAUAUGGUCCUGGUUCAGUCAAGCUGUCGUCAUAUUUAGGUCCAUUGGUUGGGGAACACGUGCCUGCUACUCUAGAAAGUUGGAAAAAUCUCACUGAAGAUGCGAAGACAGUGCUCUGGAAAUCAGUUCAGUCAAAGUUUGACGUUGAUGAGGACUACCAAAGGGUUUCUGUUCUGAAGUAG